AGGGAACAACAGUCGCGUAAUGUAACGUUUCACACGGGUGACGGAAACUUCUUCGAAGAGGGCGGGUUUUGAGUCAACAAAUCGGCCAAGAGAACAGCAUUCCCUGUGCUCGUGAGCCGUGCCCUGGAAGAAGAAAGUUAUAAUGCUAAUUCAGCGUAUCAAGGGGAAACAUUAACAUACCUAUAUACACAUAUUCCGUAUCAAUGCCUUCAGGAUAUGCAGUCGCAAUGAAAUUCUAAUCGAUUUGGAGUAUACAACUUAUCUAGCCAAGACGGAGACGCGCGAGCUCUUGUUACCGUCUUGCUCGCCGAUAUUUUGCAAACAAAAUCGACACGCGCCGCUGGCAGUUAACUAUAUCCCGCAAAACGAGUAAUUCGAGUCGGCUUCGUUCUUUAAACGAAGUUCGUUCGUUAUCGCGAACAACGAGCGAUUUCCUGGAGAACGGGAAGAGAAAGAAAUGGAAAUGACUUACAACAUCGAUAUAGGUUCUAAACGAAAUAGAUGGAAAUAAGGAAAUGUGAAAAGAAAAUUGCGAUUGGUCUUAAGCCGAAAGGAAUAGGAAAAGAAUGAAGGAGGAGGAGAAGGAGGAGGAGGAAGAGGAGAUAAUGUUGAUAUCUUCGGAGAUGAAAGGACGCGUUUCGUUGGUAGCGCCAAGAGACCUUCUAUCCCAGAAAGUGCCUUCUGCCACGGACACGGAGGGUUCGAAGUUGGGUGAGGAAUAUCAUUCUCACGAAAGAUUUCGAAAUUGACGCAAGCCUAUCCACCGAUGAGAUUGACAAUUUUUAAGGAUAAGAAGAAAUCGUGCAAUGAUGUCGUACGAUUGCCCCCAUCCGGUUUCAAGGACUUAUCAAUACAAAAAGAUAACGAAACCGCUCUUAGAACGAAAGAGACGAGCACGUAUCAAUCGAUGUCUCGACGAAUUGAAGGAUCUCAUGGUGGACGCAUUCGAAACGGAAGGUGAAAAUAUCAGUAAAUUAGAAAAGGCGGACAUUCUCGAAUUGACGGUACGUCAUUUGCAAAGAUUACAAGCUUCUCGUUCCGCCGGUUUGUCUGGUUUCUCAACUACGACAAUAUCAACAAUACCAAUACCACCGACGGCAGCAACAUCGACGACAAUAAAGAUGACGACGAUGGUUAAUGACGAAGCUGCCGCUGAAAGUCGAUGGCAAUCGGGCUUUGGACAUUGCGCCACCGAAGCGUGUAGAUUCUUGGCGACACUUCCUGGCAAAGCGGCGGAGAAUUUGGCCAGGCAUUUGGCCGUUGGUCUUCAAAAUAAUUCCAAGAUUAAUUCAUUGAAUAUCAAUCCUAAUACCUCGACGACACUGAUCGAUCUGGAUCCUGGCACUUUGAUCGAUCCUUGUUUGAUCAAUUCAAUUCCUUCAACGGACACUAAUAACAUAAUUGUACCGAAUAUCGCAAUAUCUUCUAACAAAACGAGUCCUCGUGUAGAUGUGAAAAAGGGAACAUUUGAAAAUACGUCAACGGUAAUAGAAACAAUGACGGGGUCAUCAGAAAAUAAUGUAAGAUUUAACGACGACGAUCGAACAAAAUUGACAUUUGACAUUAAAGAAAUUCGACGAAAUUCUAUGGCCAAACAUAAAAUUACGAAUCAUCAAAGAAUUAACACGGAGGACGAUGAGGUAAUCGAUGUCGAACGUGUGGACGAUGGUGAUCCUAUGUGGAGACCAUGGUAGCGAGAAAUCUUUUUAAUUUCAAUCCUAUUAUACAGUGUGUGUGUGUGUGUGUGUGUGUGUGUAUGAGAGAGAGAGAGAGAGAGAGAGAGAGAAAACAACGAAAAACACAAUCUUUUUUAUAUUUCCAAGUUAAAUCUAUUAACAGCUGAUCGAGACAUUAAAGAAGAAUUAUUUUUUUGCGAGAUAAGAUUAUUCAGAGAAUCUUCGUUGAUUUAUAUAAUAUUAUUUAUCUACGGUUAAUGAAUCGAAUUAGUUAUGUUAUUUGUAAACAAGAAAUCAUUCGAUAUAAAAUAGAUUUAUAUAAAUAGGAUUAUAGUAUAUUGCACAUUAUUUUGGUACAUGGCUUUAAUUCCAUAGUUAUAUAAUACUUUAUUAUACUUUUCAUUUUAAUAAUUUGCUAUAUCUUUAAUUUUUACGAUACAAUUUAAAUUAAUCGUACUUCGUAUGUCAAUGAAAAAUUACAAAAUAUUAUCUCUAAUUAUUUGUAAAACGAUAUUAUAUAAUGAUAAUUCAAUGAUAAAUUAUAUUUUGAUUAUUCGUAUAGAAUAGAUUUGAACGUUUCAUCGUAGCAUCGAAUUAAUAAUUUAUUUGAGAGAUAUAUCGUCGUACACUUUUUUAGAUCGAACAUCUUUUUUUUUUGUUUUCCAUUUUUUUUUUCUCUCUUUUUCUUCAUUUUAUUUUUCUUUCUGAAAAUAAAGCCUAUCGUUUGCGCGACAAAACAUAUCACUCGGUAUAGAUAUUUAUUACGAGUUUUCAUAUAAAUAUUAAUGCAUUAUGUGUGAUUAAUCUGUGAUAGCAGAAAGAAAAUACAAUUAUACGCAACUUUAUUUUAUACUAUUAUUACAUUUCUCGAUAUUUUAAUAAAUAUAUUUUAUGCUUUCA